AUAGUCCUACGAAAUUACAUUGAGAUAAAAAUAAUAUACCCAAUCUAUUUUCGUCUCCUUCGUUUGACAGCCAUAUUUUCAAUGUGAGACAGGGAGAAACAAACACUGAAACUCACACAUGAGAUAUUUAAAAUUUGACAUCAUUUUAAAAGCAAAUUUAAUAAAUCGUGAAUAGUGGUCCUAGAGUUUCUUGCUGUGGGUGUUUAUAUUUUUUAUUUUGGAUUUUUAUAUAUUUUUCACAAGUAAUUUGUAAUGUUUUUUUAACCGGAUCCUUUAAUUAAAAUACACAUUAAUAAGAGUUAUCGCUAAAAACAUGUAUUUCGUUCUCGCUAGCGGGGUAGCGUCGCGCUGCGCGCAGAAUGGCGGAGGAGCACGCGUGCCUCGUGCGCGCGCGAUCCGAUUCUGAGGGCUCGGCCAAGCACAGCUUCGGUACCAUGACGUACACCGAGGACAGACUGAGCGGCACAGAAAGCGGCGGCGGCGAGCCGGGCAACGUGAGCCACACGGCCGCCAGCCCGCCCGACCACGCGGCUGACGCCAACGAGAGCGGAGAGCUCCUCGACUAUAAUGACUCCAGCGUUCUGGAGCAGUUCCACGAAGAUGCGUUACGACAGGCUGGUUGCGGCCUAUCCCAAGGUCGUGUGAUUCUGGCGGUGGGCCUGGCUGUGGCCGGCGCGUCGCUCGAGCUGGCGGCCAUACCCUUCAUACUGCCCUCUGCCGAGAUCGAACUCUGUAUACUGCCGCACGAGAAGAACUGGCUCGUGAUGAUCAGCCUAGUAGGCGGUUCCAUAGGCUCUCUCGGUUGGGGCGCGCUGGCGGAGAGGCUCGGCCGACGUCGCACGCUGGUCUCCUGCCUCGCUGUGAACGCAGUGUUCGCUGCUAUAGCCGCCUUCAUGCCCACAUAUGGGACCUUUAUGAUGGCCAGGUUCUGCUCGGCGACGGGGUCGGGCGGCGUGGUCCCGGCGGGCUGCAGCUACGUGGGCGAGCUGGUGUGGCGGACGCUGCUGGCCGCGCUGGCCGCCGCCGCCGCGCUGCCGCAGACCGGGCCCUCCACGCUGCACGAGAACAGGGAGCACUUCAGCGCCUGGCAUCGGUACCUCCUGCUGUGCACGAUACCGAUCCUAGCGUCGCUAGUCAGCCUCAUUUGGACGCCGGAGUCACCGCGCUACCUAUUGGAGGUGGGGCGGGAAGUCGACGCCAUGAUGGUGUACCAGAGCCUCCACCGCAACAACCAGUUCCGUCUGUGCGGCAAGGCGCCCGUGGGCGCGGCGGCCGACCCCGAGUACCGCCUCGGGGAGCUGGCGCUGCCCGGCAAGCGCCGCCCGCCCGCCCUGCAUCACGUCCGCCACAGCGUCAAGAUGGUGAGCCUUACAUACACACAGACACUCCACACCAACAACCAGUUCCGCCUGGGCGAGCUGGCGCUGCCCGGCAAGCGCCGCCCGCCCGCCCUGCAUCACGUCCGCCACAGCGUCAAGAUGGUGAGCCUUACAUACACACAGACACUCCACACCAACAACCAGUUCCGCCUGGGCGAGCUGGCGCUGCCCGGCAAGCGCCGCCCGCCCGCCCUGCAUCACGUCCGCCACAGCGUCAAGAUGUUCUGGCAGUCGUUUUUCCAGUUAUUCUCCAGCACGUAUAGGAAUACGACGCUCUCUCUCGGCGGUAUACUGCUUUUUAGUAUGGCGAUACAGUACUACCUGUCAUCAUACAUACCAGCAACAGUAGUUAAAAUGGAAAGCGACUUGUUCCAAGCAUCGAAACGCACCAUAGGGAACACUACUUACACUGACGUGCACUACAACACUACCAUGGAGAACGUAGUGUAUUACAACGUGACGUUUCAGAAGUGCACUAUGAGAGACAUGUUGAUGUCACACGUCGCCUUCAAGAACUGCUCGUUUUAUAACGUCGCGCUGUCCAAUAUUAAGACGUCUUAUACCACGUUUGAGGGGUGCCUGUUUGUUAAUAGCACUAUAAUCGACACGGACAUGGAGCUGGGCCGCGAGCUGGACGCGUGGUCGCGGCUGGUGGGCAGCGUGAUGCGCGGCAUGUCGGGCGCGUGCGCGCGCCACGCGGACCUGGCGUGGCGCCUGGCCGGCCUCACCGCCGAGCACACGUACGCCGCGCACGCCAUGCUGCUGGCCGCGCUGCUCGCCAUGCUGCCCCUCAACAUGAGGCCGACGCUGGCACUAUGCGUGGCCUGUGUAUUGCUGUCUCCCCUAGUCUACAUAUCACAGAGCGAGACCGCGCUUUACGUCGUAGAGGCGGCCUACAGACUUCUCAUCACAAUCAUAUUCUAUACCGUCGGACUGAAUGUUAUUGAUUCAUAUCCACAUAAUUUGAGAUGCAGCGCGCACGGGCUGCUGGUGUCGGUGUCGCUGCUGGGCGGCGCGGGCGUGCGCGGCGCGGGCGAGGCGGGCGCCGCGCCCUCCGCCGCGCUGCUGGCGCUCGCCGCCGCCGCCGCCGCGCUCUGCGCGCUGCAGCUGCGGCCCCGUUUGAAUGAGACGAAUGUUGUGAUGAACUCGCAUGGAGGUAUGUUAGAUGUUGUUUUGAUUCAGGAGAUUAUCGGUGCACCCAAAACAUUAGUUACCGCUUCCGAGGGCAUAGUGCCAUUGGAUGCCUAUCACCCGGCACUACACAUUGAGAUAGGAGUCGAUCAUGGUUUCAGAAGUAAAAGGUCUGUUGACACAAAUCUUCUGACACUUGUUGACUAUAUCUCGUCUAGUUUAGAUCGCGGACGUCAAGUAGACGUACUGUACUUCGACUUCCGGAAGGCAUUUGAUAGGGUUAACAAUGACGCGCUACUAAGGAAGCUUAGCAAAAUAGGUUUUUCACCAUCUCUCCUCCGCCUGUUUGCAGAUUAUUUACGUGAUCGACAACAGUUUGUUAGGCUAGGUGCGUACGUGUCAGACACCUAUAACACGUGUUCCGGUGUGAGUCAAGGUUCCAUCCUGGGGCCUCUUUUAUUUCUUAUUAUGAUCAACGAUCUGCCCCAAGUCCUGGUUCAUGCAAGAUGCCUCUUAUACGCUGAUGACUUGAAACUGUACUUGGAAAUUAAAUCAGAACGCGAUAGUUUCGCACUACAGCAAGAUAUCGAUGCAAUUUACAAGUGGAGCGUUGACAACGAGAUGGAGUUUAAUCCUUCCAAAUGCUUCGCUAUGACAUUCGGGCGAAUGAGGCACCCAUUUAACUUUGAAUAUCAUUUAAACAAUACUGCUAUCACGAAGUCUACAGCCAUGAAAGACCUGGGAGUCACAUUUGAUCGAAAGCUUACCUUCCACGAUCAUAUGGUCUCGGUAGCUAAACAAUCCUACCAAAGGUUAGGCUUUGUUCUUCGCAACUGCCGUGAUUUUCGUACUGAUCAUACUAAGAAAAUAGUUUUCAAUGCACUCGUACGUAGUAAGCUGGAAACCAGCUCGUGUGCGUGGAAUCCACAUGAAAGUACCUAUGCACUUUUAUUAGAAAAAGUCCAAAAGGCCUUCCUUAGGCACCUAUAUAAGCAAGAAUACGGGUACUAUCCAUAUCUCUAUCCGACUAAAUUCCUACUGGGCUGCCUCGGUUAUAACUCGCUGAACGUAAGGCGAGCACGAGAUCAGCUUGCAAUAGCUUGUAAGACAGUCCGUGGUACUAUCGAUGCUCCUGAUCUGCUAAAGGAGCUGGCUCGCUUUUAUGUCCCAGAUAAAUACUGCAGGGGCAAAAAGCACAGACUCUUUGCCGUGCCUGCAUGUCGUACGGUGGCACGUGCUAAGUCGCCAAUCCCACGCACUCUAGCUGUGCUUAAUAAUCUCUUGGAUCUUAAUCCAACAGCUGAUCUGUUUGCGGAUGUAUGGCCGAAGAUUUUGUCGGUAUGCCUGAAGUACUGUGAGAUAAAUUUAUGA